AUGGGUUGUAUGAAUAAUUGUACUGAAGAUGUAAAUGGUAAAGUAGCCAUAGGAAAUUCAGUUGUGACAGUUAAUAAUCAGACAAACAAUAGUAAAAUUUCAAUAAUUAAUGAUUUAUUGGAUCCUGCAAAUAAGUUACCAACAAAUACUGUUGAACUGAGGAACAGAAUACUUCAAGGACCAUAUCAGCUCGAGCUUACAAUUUAUCCAAGAACACAACAAGGAGAUAAGAAACGUUCGUUUCAAGCAAUUUGGUUUAAGAUUUAUAAAUGGCUUGAAUACAGUCCAAGUUUAGACAAAGCAUUUUGUUUUUCAUGCCGUUUCUUUAGAGGAAGUAAUUUAAAUUUAGGGCAAAUUGACUAUACUUUUUUAGUUAACGGUUUUACAAACUGGUAUAAAAGUCAGGAGUCUUUUAGAAAACAUCAAUUAUCUAAAUACCAUCUCCUUAGCUCUGGCUCAUUAAAACAAUAUCUCGAUUGCAAACCUAUAGAUGUUUUAUUGAAUCAUGAAAUGGAAAUUAUACAUACAAAGAAAGAAGCUGAUCGUAAACAAAAUCGAAAAGUUAUGGAGCGAUUAAUUGACGUUGUAAUUUGUUUAUCAAAGUGUGAAAAACCAUUACGAGGACACGAUGAGUCAGAAAAAAGUCUUCAAAAAGGACUUUAUCUUGAGAUAGUCCAAUUAUUAACCAAAUAUGAUCUAGUACUAAAAAAUCAUUUUGAAAACGGUCCAAAAAAUGCUAGAUAUACAAGUAGUUCCAUUCAAAAUGACUUAAUUUUUUCCAUUCAAAAUGUUGUCAAAUGGUCAAUAAAAGAAAAAUUUAAUCAAAAAUAUAUUUCAAUCAUUGCAGAUGAAACGAGUGAUGUUGGGCACCAUGAACAAAUUUCUAUAAUCUUUCGUUAUUUUGAUAAUUCAACAAAAAGACCAGUUGAAGUAUUUGUUGGUUUAAGAAGACUUCAUUUUGUCAAAGCAGAAUCAAUAUUUUCUGUUCUUGAUGAUAUAAUGAUAGAAUACAACCAAAACUGGAACUCUGUAUUAGCUGUUUGCUUUGAUGGGGCAUCAACAAUGUCUGGUCACAUCUCUGGGGUACAAGCUCGUUCAUUAGAAGAAAUUUGUGAUAGUACUCAAUUUUGUGAAUACAGAGCCAAAGGUCUUGGACUCUUAAGUCAAAUGAAAAGUUUUAAUUUUGUUUUUGCCUUAUUUACAAUGGAGCCUAUUUUACAAAUAAUUCUAAAAGUGAGUUCAGCUCUUCAAUCUCCAGUUUUAGAUUUAGUAUCAGCUGUUGAGUUGAUUAAAAAUUUGAAAUCAGCAAUUGUCAGAAUAAGAAACAAUCCUGAAAUCCUGAAGAGUAUGAAGAAGUUUACAGACAAACAAUUGAGAUGUGCAAUAAACAUGAAAUUACCAUUCCAGGGGUAA